AUGAUUGCCCUGGAUGCCCAUGAUGCCCCUGAUGCCAAUGCUGAACUGAUUGCACCUGCCCCUGCUUUGACUACCGCCUCCAGUUCAACCGCUCCUGACUUUGCCUUUAAUGACCCGGCUCCUGCUUCGAUCGCCGCCGACCUUGAUCCUAAGAAGACCCCAGCCCUUGCCAUGCCUGACCCUGAAUUGCCAGCCCUUGCCACGCCUGCCCCAGAAUUGCCAGCCCUUGCCACGCCUGCCACUAAAUUUCCAGCCCUUGCCACGCCUGCCCCAGAAAUGCCAGCCCUUGACACACCUGCCCCUGAAUUGCCAGCCCUUGCCACGCCUGCCCCUGCAUUGCCAACUUUUGCCACGCCUGCCCCUGUAUUGCCAGCCCCUGCCACGCCUGCCCCUGUAUUGCCAGCACCUGCCCUGACCGCCGCUGCAUCUACCUUGAAUGCCCCCGCACCUGCCCUGACUGCCGCCGCAUCUACCUUGAAUGCCCCAGCAACUGCCAUAAUCGCAGCCGCCUAUGUUUUGACCGCCCCUGCAUUUACCCCUGCCCCUGCCUGGACUAUUGCCGCCCCUACUUUGACGUCUGCCCCUGCCCUUGCUUCGACUUCCGCCCCUGCUCCUGCCCCUGGCCCGGAAAUUGCCCCUGAUGCCACCGCUGAGAAUAGCGCACUGACUGCCCUGCCUGCCCACAUUGCCCCUGAUGCCACCACUGAGAAUAGCGCACUGCCUGCCCUGAAUGCCCACCUUGCCCCUGAUGCCACCGCUGAGAAUAGCGCAUUACCUGCCCUGAAUGCCCACAUUGACCCUGCUAUUGCCGCUGAGAAUAGCGCACUACCUGCCCUGAACGCAACCAAUGCCCCUGAAGCUACCACUGAAAAUAGCGCACCGAUGGCAAAAGAGAUGAAGUUUUCCGCUGAUACUGCCACUACUGCCGCCAAAAAUGCAGAGAGCACCGCUGCAUCGCCCGAUGCUAAGACAAUGAACACUGCAAUGGAUCCCACACGUACCGGUACCGACCCAGAGAACCAGCAGACCCCGAAAGAGACACAAACAGGCACAUUUUCAGACACCCACAAAGCCUGUUCAAUUGACCAGAUGCUCCGCCUAAUGACUGAUGACACAAGCUCAGAUGACGAGCUUGAACUACUAAUUGAAAAGGAAAUUGUAGAUGUUUCCCGCAGAAACAAACACGAGAGAACAGUUUUGGAAACUAUUGAACUAAUGGACAG